CCCGCCCCCGCCCACCCCGGCCCUCCCCGGCUGCUGCUCCCCGGCGGAGGCAAGAGGUGGUUGGGGGGACCAUGGCUGACGUUUUCCCGGCCAACGACUCCACGACGUCUCAGGACGUGGCCAACCGCUUCGCCCGCAAAGGGGCGCUGAGGCAGAAGAACGUGCACGAGGUGAAGGACCACAAAUUCAUCGCCCGCUUCUUCAAGCAGCCCACCUUCUGCAGCCACUGCACCGACUUCAUCUGGGGGUUUGGGAAACAAGGCUUCCAGUGCCAAGUUUGCUGUUUUGUGGUUCACAAGAGGUGCCAUGAAUUUGUUACGUUUUCCUGCCCGGGUGCGGAUAAGGGCCCUGACACUGAUGACCCCAGGAGCAAGCACAAGUUCAAAAUCCACACUUACGGGAGCCCCACCUUCUGCGAUCACUGCGGCUCGCUGCUGUACGGACUUAUCCAUCAAGGGAUGAAAUGUGACACCUGCGACAUGAAUGUUCACAAGCAGUGCGUGAUCAAUGUCCCCAGCCUCUGCGGAAUGGACCACACAGAGAAGAGGGGGCGGAUCUACCUGAAGGCCGAGGUCACCGACGAGAAGCUUCACGUCACGGUACGAGAUGCAAAAAAUUUAAUCCCUAUGGAUCCAAACGGGCUUUCAGAUCCUUAUGUGAAGCUGAAACUUAUUCCCGAUCCCAAGAACGAAAGCAAACAGAAAACCAAAACCAUCCGCUCUACACUAAACCCCCAGUGGAAUGAGUCCUUUACCUUCAAAUUAAAACCUUCAGACAAAGACCGGCGACUGUCUGUAGAAAUCUGGGACUGGGACCGAACAACAAGAAAUGACUUCAUGGGAUCCCUCUCCUUUGGUGUUUCAGAGCUAAUGAAGAUGCCGGCCAGUGGAUGGUACAAGCUGCUUAACCAGGAAGAAGGGGAGUACUACAAUGUACCCAUUCCCGAAGGAGACGAGGAAGGAAACAUGGAGCUCAGGCAGAAAUUCGAGAAAGCCAAGCUCGGCCCUGCUGGUAAUAAAGUAAUCAGUCCUUCGGAGGACAGGAAGCAACCUUCUAACAACCUUGACCGAGUGAAACUCAGUGACUUCAAUUUCCUCAUGGUGCUGGGGAAGGGGAGUUUCGGGAAGGUGAUGCUUGCCGACAGGAAGGGGACGGAAGAGCUGUAUGCGAUCAAAAUCCUGAAGAAGGACGUGGUGAUUCAGGACGACGAUGUGGAGUGCACCAUGGUGGAAAAGCGCGUCCUGGCCUUGCUGGACAAGCCCCCGUUCCUGACGCAGCUGCACUCCUGCUUCCAAACGGUGGAUCGGCUGUACUUUGUCAUGGAAUACGUCAACGGCGGGGACCUCAUGUACCACAUUCAGCAAGUAGGAAAAUUUAAGGAGCCACAAGCAGUAUUCUAUGCGGCAGAGAUUUCCAUUGGAUUGUUCUUUCUGCAUAAAAGAGGGAUAAUUUAUAGGGAUCUGAAGUUAGACAAUGUCAUGUUGGAUUCGGAAGGACAUAUCAAAAUCGCGGACUUUGGGAUGUGCAAGGAACACAUGAUGGAUGGAGUCACAACCAGGACCUUCUGCGGGACUCCAGAUUACAUCGCCCCGGAGAUAAUCGCCUAUCAGCCGUAUGGGAAAUCCGUGGACUGGUGGGCCUAUGGUGUCCUGCUGUACGAGAUGCUCGCCGGGCAGCCUCCGUUUGAUGGUGAAGAUGAAGACGAACUAUUUCAGUCUAUCAUGGAGCACAACGUCUCCUACCCCAAAUCCUUGUCCAAGGAGGCCGUUUCCAUCUGCAAAGGACUGAUGACCAAACACCCUGCCAAGCGGCUGGGCUGCGGGCCUGAGGGAGAAAGGGACGUCAGAGAACACGCCUUCUUCCGGAGGAUCGACUGGGAGAAACUGGAGAACAGGGAGAUCCAGCCGCCGUUCAAGCCCAAAGUGUGUGGCAAAGGAGCAGAAAACUUUGACAAGUUCUUCACGCGAGGACAACCCGUCUUAACGCCGCCCGAUCAGCUGGUCAUCGCUAACAUAGACCAGUCUGACUUUGAAGGCUUCUCGUACGUCAACCCCCAGUUCGUGCACCCCAUCCUUCAGAGCGCAGUAUGAAAUUUCACCGGCGAGAGAAAACGCACUCCCCCCUCAAGCCCCCAGCCCCCCAGGAGUGGGAAAUGAUCCUUAAGCCUAAAAUUUUCAAGGCCAUGGCCUUGUGUCCUGUUGCGCUCGGAGGCCUGAAAAUUAUAGGGUUAUUAGUCCCAAUGUGAUCAACCUUUCAGGGUCUCUCACAACCAAGAACAAUCUCUUAGUGGAAGAUGACGUAAUGUACAGUGUCCAGUUUAAUUAUGUAGAAGUCACAUCUGGCUGUAGAUUAUGACCCUCCCUAGAAAGCAGACUGUUGCCCCUUUUUUGGGUACAAUUUGAUAUAUUUUCCAUACCCUCCGUCUGUGGAUUUUCACCAUCGGGAUUCCCCAGCCAGAGAUGUUAAAGUGAACCUGCCCCAGGCCCAGCGGGCUGCAAACAUCUCCACCCAAGACAUCUCGGAAUGAAAGCACGGGGCACCCAGAGAGUGAGCAAGGAAGGAGUGGAGGUAGGUAGGGGAGGCUUCACGACAUCCUCUGCAUCUGUCCUCUCCCUUGAUGGAAACAGUCCCUAGAAUCUGAGAGGCCAGGAUGGACCUAAUCACUGUUCCCAAACACUGACGCAUCAUCACCCAACCACAGUCCAGUGGUUACCAGUUUAAAAAAAAAAAGGAAAGAGAACCUCAGAUGAGUGUUGGGUGAAUCUGUCACCUGGUACCCUGCUUGGUUGGUACUUGCAUUCUUUUUAAGAGGCCAAAUCAUGUAAGGACUCUGCUAAAUGAGCAUGUGAAACCAUUUCAGAUAAGGAUAAACCAUUGUGUGUGUGUACGUUCCUUUUAAUCUCUGGGAGAUUAUUCUUCGAUCCAGGGUGCCAUCAGUCAAUCAUGCCACUAUUCACAAGUGUCGUUAGCCAACCUCCACCCUCCCACUAACAUUGUGCUCCCUGUGUUGCUACCCUCCCCUGAGAAACUGAAGUGUACGCCCCAUCCCCUUUUGUACUUAUUUAUUAAUAGGCCGCAGUGUCGUUGAGGUACGGUGUACAGUAACAUAAGCAGUGCGUUGACUGAGCAUCAGUCCUACUGAUUGGCUUUCUUCCCUUCUCCAGCCCUUCACGUCCACUUAGGGAUGAAAAAUGAGUGAGGUUGGGGUUCCCACCCCCGUUGAGUGACACCCCUGGACCUAUAGAAUCAGGACACCUGGACGCAGAGCAGCUCUAGGACGUUUUAUCACUAGAAAGAUUUUAAUGUUUUGCAGAUGCAUCAUGCAAUGAAUUUUGCAUGUUUAUAAUAAACCUUAAUAACAAGUGAAUCUAUAUUAUUGAUAUAAUCGUUUCAAGUGUAAAGAGAGUAUUACAAUAAUUUUAUAAGACACAACUGUGCUAUAUUUGUGAAAGUCCUCCUUUCUAAUCUGCUUUUACGAUUAAGUUUUAGCUGAAUUCUUUACUGCUGUGCUUCCUCGCUCCCCCUCCCCUGUACCUGGGCACUGUCCCAGAGAUAUUAAUUUGUUCAUAUGGAUCUAAUUUCAGAAAUGAAUGGCUACUUUACCUGGUCAAUUAGGCUUUUACUAUAAAUGUAUGUGUAUAUAUUUAUAUAUAUAUAUUUGAUUGUAGCCGCAAACAAAAGUUUUGUGGGGUUAUUUUCGGGAUGAGACUCUUAGCUUCUCAAUGUUAUCUUCCAUUUGGGGUCCUCUGCCACUCUUCCUCUUGGGGACAAUGGGACGUGUCACCUCCAGUGUGCCCGGUAUGUUGGUGCAAGUGUGGCAUCGUCACAGCCUCGCGCUGAACUUUUUGUGUUUGUUUGCUGUGCUCUUCCCUUCAGCCAUGUGACCACUGGGGAGUCUGGGUGGGAGGGAUGGGAGACUCCCUGCUGGCCAUGUGUUCCUGGUCACACCAGGGGCGAGCUGUCUGCCCUGCCGCCCCGUGUUUGCGCCAGCACACACAGACUCCAGGAGACCAAGCUUGGUCCAGCCCCAAGCACGGCCACGCCCUGUGGGUACCAGCAGCCGCUUUCCAGGGGCUGCAGAUCCCCUCCCAGUCUCUAAGGAGCACUUCUUUGGCGAGAUACCCUUCAGUGCGAGGUGCCCAGAGGGGCCAGGCUUCUAAAACAAAAAGACAAAGUCAGAAUUGGAGUAGUUAUCAGUCCUGGCAGAGAGCUGCUCUGUUUCCUCCCCCGAGCUGCUUCCUCUGGCUCUUUGCCUGAAGUUCAGGUAACACAACCACUGAAGGGUCUUGGAAGUGAGAGGCCUGGGUGCUGGAGACCUGUGUGGAGGAAGCGAGGGAGCAGGGUCUAGUCCUGACCAGAAAAGAGCAGUUUCUUCUGCCAUCUUUUAGGGACCUUAGACAUCUGAAUUCAAAGGGGCCCGGCUUUGUCCCUACAGUCCUGCCAGUCAGCACACGUUCUGGGGAGCACAUCCUGACCAGGUGCUCCUUGUUUGGCCC